AUCGCCGCGCUCUUAUUGGUUGCGUGCUUGUUGUCAGAAGCGAAUAGCCGCGCGGCAUCGUGCGCGCGCGCGUGCAAGAGAAGAAGAAAUUUCACACGGGACGGACGGAGAGGCGGAAGAGGUGCUGGCGGCCGCGGGUGAGUGAAGGAGGAGAGUGAAGAGAAGAGGAGGAGAAGGAGCGACGCGGCGCAGCGGCGGACGGAGACGGUCGACGCAUACGCAGGUUGACCCGUGUUUCUGCGCUCGAGCGCGCCCGUUCCGCUCGCGAAUCGCGAUUCCCCAUCCCCGCUGGCAGGUCAGACUUCACACCGAGUCGCUGCCGUUCUGUGAAUCGGAGUAUUGCGUUCUUGGGUGUCGCGUCCGAUCGCGAAGCGCAGUGCUGUGCGUGUCACGCGCGCUACCGUUCGUGGGGGAAGAAAAGAGUGCGGUGCGAUUCGUACCGAUACAUACGUAAGGUUGAGGCGAGGUGGUAUGAUGGUCUGAUCGCGGUCUCAACAUGACCGUGGAUUUUGUCGACUACUUUUGGGGCGAAAAGAAUAAUGGAUUUGACGUGUUGUAUCAUAACAUGAAGCAUGGUGUAAUCGCCAGCAAGGAAUUGGCUGAAUUUUUGCGAGAAAGAUCAGCCAUAGAGGAAAACAAUUAUAAACUUCUUAGUAAGGUAGCGAAACAGGCGAGCAAUAGCACGCAAGGGACAUUCGCACCUGUCUGGGCCGCUUUGAGAGGUGCCGCCGAAAAACUCGCCGUUUUACAUUUUCAAAUGGCCCAGCGGGUGUCCGAACUCAUAAAAGAUGUGUCAAAAUAUGCGGACGAACUGCACAAGAAACAUAAGGCUGUGAAGGAAGAAGAAUCGUCUACUUUAGAAGUUGUACAAAGUAUACAAAGCAUUACGGUAACGUUACAUAAGGCGAAAGACAUGUGUAUGCAAAAACGCCUCGAAUUAGAGAAAUUAAGGAAGGACAAUGCCAGUCAAAGGGAGCUGGAGAAGGCAGAGGGCAAGUUCAAAAAGGCACAAGAUGAUUAUAGGACGCUGGUGGACAAGUACACGGUCAUACGAAACGACUUCGAGGCAAAAAUGACUCAAGCUUGCAGGCGGUUCCAAGAUGUGGAAGAGACGCAUCUGAAGCACAUGAAGGAAUUUCUGAAUACGUACGCUGAUGUUUUGCAAACCAAUCACGAGCAAGUCGGCCAGGUUCAUAUCGACUUCAAACGGCAAUGCGUCGAUAUGACGGUGGAGAAGUUAUUAGAGCAAUUCGUUCAGAGUAAAUACACGGGUUUCGAAAAACCAGGUGUGAUUGAAUACGAGGAAGUUAUGACGAGUUUAGCGGAAAUGACCAGCCACUCUCAGUCAGAAGGCGGCGUAGAGACACCUAAGGAAACGUCGAAGGGCACCAACGGCGAAACAGGCGUAGCCGGUAACAGUCACAGUUCAAAAAAAGAUCAGGGAUUAAAGGGGGAGGGUAGUACUUUGAGGGUACUGGACGGGGAAAGGGGAAGGGUGAUAUUGGAAAAGGAUAGAGAAAAAGAAAGACAGAAGGAAAAGGACAGAGAACUGUCACAUGCACAAACCACCAAGGCUUCCCGCCGUACUACCUCGCUACUCAACCUGUUCAUGUCCAACUCCCAUGACAAACAGAAGCAAGCAGGGUCGUCUGGUUCGGCACCUGCCACCCCUCAAGGGAACAACCUGCCUCCUGCUGUUCCACCUCCCAGCAUCUCCAGGAACCCUCUCAGAGGAUCUAAAUGGUUUCUACGCAGUAGAAGAGAAAAACGAAAGGAGAAGAAGGCGAAGAAGAAGAAGGACCUCAUGGAUACAAGCAGCAAUAAAGAAGAAAAGUCUGACCUGGAGGACAAAGAAGACAGCAGAAAGUCAGAAACGCCAACGCCGGAGGUGGACGAGGAUGGUUUUUGUAUUAGACCAAAGCCGGAUCCGUGGGAAAACGAAAAGGGAUUUUAUUCCAGUUCGGAUACUGAUUCGGAAGAUGAGAGGGAACGUAAGAUACGAGUGGAAAUAAAGCCUCUCAGCAAUGGUGGUGCACCCAUGAGCGCUAGCGUAGACGAAUUGAGAGCGACAGUGGAAAAUUUAUCUUUAUCACCUGCACCAACAGGACGUAGAGGAUCGAAUACUGAUUCCGAUCAUCAUAUGAAAAGGUCUCAGUCAGUGUCACAGCAAUUAGGAGGUAAGCCAAGCUCAGAUUUACUUGGCCUAAACUUGUUCAAUCCUAGCAGUACGCCGUCGAGCGCGUCGACACCGACCGGUAGCCACCCUUACGCCCCGCUGCAGAGCCCACCGCCACUUUCUACAUCGCCGACCCCGUCGCAGCCGCCGCCGCCACAAUCUGCGCCGCCUACACAUUCUCAUACCCGAUUUCCAGAUGGGGAUUUAUUUUCGGAAGUUGGAGACAUCACACCGGCCUUGCCACCCAAACAAUCCGCAUCCUCAACGCCGACGGGAUCGAUCGUAAUACCCAGACCACCAUCGCGCCGAGGAGAAGGUCCAUCGCCACGCGGUAGGAUGUCACCUGCGACGAUAUCUCGGGCUGAUAGCGUUGCCAGCCUGGAAUUUCGCACUGCUGGCGUGGGCGUGGGAUCCUCGCGGGGACCAUCUCCACUCACGAUCGGCCUAGCAGACACCAUUCCGUUGGCAGUCGCUUUCCAUGAGAUAGUGCAUUCCUAUUUCCGUGGCACCGACGAAACCCGAUGCCAAGUAAAGCUAAGCGGUGACAUGAUGCUCUCGUUUCCGGCUGGCAUCGUCACAGUCCUAGCGAAUAAUCCCAGUCCUGCCAAACUGACCUUCCGCGUGAGAAACACCAAUAGGUUGGAGAGACUGUUGCCAAACAGCCAACUUAUCAGCAUGGACGCAACUCAAACUACCGUCGAUAGUACAAUCUUCGAAUUCAACAUGAGUGCCUUAACUAUGUUGCUUCGGCGACAAGCUGAACAGAAUCCCUCGGCCUCGUAUUUCAAUGUAGACAUCCUCAAAUAUCAGAUCAAAUGCAAGGAAGGUGCUGGUUCGUGUCCUUUUCAAUUGGUCGCAUAUUGGAAAUGUGAGACGACCCACACCGAUCUCAAGAUCGAUUAUAAAUAUAACAGUCGCGCCAUGGCCUCGCCGAGCCCUCUACUGAAUCUCCAUGUUGCUGCGCCUAUUGAUGGCGGUUUUAAAUCGUUCAAUAGUAAACCGCCGGCACAGUGGUUGCCCGAUACGAAUCGCGUACUAUGGAAAUUUACGGAACUUUCGCAACACAGCGAGGGUAACGGAGUCGGAUCCUUGAAGGCGCGAGUCGAGCUCGAACGCGGCCCAGGCAAUCAGGGCACGAUAUUUACACAGUUCAAUUGCGAAGGGACCACAUUGUCGGGUGUCGAAUUUGAGCUUAUAGGAUCUGGAUAUCGGUUGAGCUUGGUGAAGCGAAAAUUUGUGUCUGGAAAAUAUAUAUGCGACGGAGACUCAGAUUCGCGUUCAAGGUACGCCGCACCGCCAUCUAAUGCAGAUUGACGACUUCCAGAAUGGGCGCCUCAAUGGGAGAGCCAGCCCAUUUAAUAUUGGUACUUGCUUAAUCAUUCACUGCCCAUAUCAUUACUAUCGAUCGUUCAUAUUCCGGUUAUGCAUGGAGAAAUCUGUUGGAUACCAAAGUGUGCAUCGGCCGAAGAUUAAAUGGAUCUUUUUGUAAAAAUCAUGUACCGAAAAAAAUAGAUAGAGAAAUCAGAAAAGGCGUCUUACAACCAAAGUGAUACGACUUUUCCCAUGAAACAAACGUGGUCCAUGUUCUCUCUGCACAUUCAACGCCGAAGUCUUUCAAGUCUUCAUUUAUAUUAAGCCAUACUAUAUUUUAUCUCGAUGGGAACAUACAAUUACAUACAAUAGGAAAUUUAGACAUAAGACGACGCGUUCGAAGCUAAAUGUACUGCUAUUAAGUGCAAGCCAAUCCUUUAUGACUUCGCGACUAGAACGAACAGGUAGAAA